CGCGAGUUCUUCUCAUUAUCUAUUCUCUGUCAAUACUUUCUCAUCGUCAGCGAGCCGAGUUUACAGGGUCUCUCACAGACUUCUGAAAUCUCUGUGCAAGUCUGUGAGAUGUACCUGGUGGUUCAAUUUACAAAUGAAAAGGAGAUAGCUUUGAUUCCAAGCACCUGGCUUGAUGGCGACAGUUGUGCAAAGUGGCCACCAUACAAAAACCCUGAUAAGAUCAAUAAAGCUGUCAAAGAUAAACUCUUGCCUGAAAGCAACUGGAAAUCAUAUCCUAUAGAAGGGUUAUUUGGAAACUCAAGCUAUGAAAAGGCCUGGAAAUGGCUGAAGGAGGAGACCGAAAGAAAUGAAAUGAAACCCAUCCAAAGUCAGGAACCAGAUCUGGAUAUGCAUGUCGUGAAAAUAGAACAUGGGAGUGAUUUGGCUUUGCAACCUGACACUUCAGACACCAUAGCAUUUGAUCCAAGGCAGCGCCAGCCGAGCACCACUAAUGUAGAAUCAAUCGAUGGUAAGGAAGAUCAAGAAGAUCCACCACCAUAUAAGAGACCAAGAAAGGCGAACUGGUCAAACAAAGAAAUCUGGAUGUUGUUAGAAGAGGUGAGAUUGGAAAAAGAGUGUUUAAUGAGUUCACUGGGAAAUGAAAUAACCAACAGAAAGAAGGCUGCAGUAUGGCAGCGAAUUGCAGAUAAACUUGCUGCUUCUUGCAGCACAGAACAUCGAAGUCUUGUAAGUGUAAGAGAGAAGUGGGGGACUUUGAAGUCAGAGGCGCAACGAAGGCGUGACAAAAGAAAAUCCACAGAAAGUGGUGCUGUAAAAUACUGCGAAUAUGACAACGUCAUAUUCGAAAUUUUAGGUGAAGGAUCAAACCUUACUGAUGGCAUAGAUGGUGGAACAGAUAUGUUCAGCUUAAGAACAAGCACAAAUUGCUCAGAUAAUCCUUCAGUGACUGUCACUAGCGAUAGGGUAACUUGCAUCGAAAAUGAUCAACUGUCAUUGAAGGACAUUCCAUCAACCUCAUUUGCCACCGAAAAUUCUGUCAAGCUGGUGGAAGGCGAAAUGGCAGACAGUUCACAAAGGAAACCUUCAAUGGAUACUAGGAGAGAUGACUGCAAAGAGGACACUGGAUUCUGUAUGAAACAAGAGGAUUGCUCUGAAGAAGAAUCUGACACAUUCUACCAGACUCAGAAGAGAGGGAAGCUAACUCCCAGUGGAACCAGUGACGUACUUAAAUCUUCUCCAUCACCAGCAGAAGAGGAAGUGAAGAAAAAGAACGGGUCAUUUCCUUCUUUUAGUCACAUUACCUUUGAUAGUUCUCAGCAGUCAACAUCCACCAUAACCCCUUGUGUGCAUUCUUCCAUUUUUCCAAGCACCUCCUGGACCACUUCAAGCAGCAUCAGUUCCAAUGAAGAUGGAAUGCAAUCAAGAUUCCUUUUUCUUCUGGAAGAGCUGUGUGAUGAAGUAAAGGUCAUGCGAAGUGAGGUUAAAAAAGCAUUGAAAGUAAUGGAAUAUAUUAGAAACAACACUUCAGGGACAAUGGAUCAGGUUAAACUACCAGAAGGUUAUGAAUUCCCCUUGGCAUCGGUCAAAGAAGCUGAAAGGUUGGAUGCAGAUCUCAAAGCUGAUGCAGAAAAGAGAAGACAUCUCGAACACUAUUUAGCAAUGCUUGGAGGUUUUAAUUUGAGGUCAGCAUUGAAAGCCAUCCUGUCAGCUUUAUUCUCCACGCAGCUUGCACGACAGUAUAAUUAUAAUGGCUUGAAGGGCAAGAAGGGAUUAAAGAGCCUGAAUUCAAUCAUGCAGAUAAUUUACACUGCUGUUAGAAAACAUUUCCAGGAUGCCACUGAGGCUGAUAUUCGUGUCCAUUUGUCAAAGUGGCUGAGUACUGCCAGAGACCGGGACUAUGGAAGAAGAGAACGCAAUAAUAAACGUCAUAGGGUGGAAAAGGCCAUCAAUGAAAGAGGUUCAGCACAGGAGAGUAGCUAAUGAUUGUGGCAGACGAAAGUAAACUCUUCACAAACGCCUUAUUUUUCAAAUAGUAAAACAGACACUGCUGGGAACUAAAGCAUUGGGCUUUGGGUCAUUGUUAUUUGCCAAUGGAUAAGUGGUUGCUGUGCUAGUUUUAAGGCAUUAAAAUUUAAUUUCUUUACAUGCAGUGAUAAUUUUAUCUUGGUGUUUAUGGCAUAAAUUAACCAUUGGCAUCCAUACCCGAAAUUAAAUGUCUAAACUAAAUGUGCGUAUUUGUUCCUACAUUACUAUAUGAAUAAGAGCAUUGUUGCUCAUAGCAGGUUAAAAAUAUAGCUGCUUUUUUUAUAUUAUUA